CAAUGGCAGGGAUUGGCAAAGGGGCUGUUUUUGAGGACUUGCUGCCGGUGAUGGCUGACAAACUGGGUGGCGAUGGGCUUAUAAGGGAGCUCUGUAAUGGGUUUCAGUUGCUGAUGGACAAGGACAAGGGGGUGAUCACUCUGGAGAGCCUGAGGAGGAAUUCUGCGCUUCUGGGUCUUCAGGACUUGAAGGAGGACGAGCUUGUGAGCAUGGUUAAGGAGGGUGAUUUGGACGGCGAUGGGGCGCUAAAUCAGAUGGAAUUUUGUGUCUUGAUGUUCAGACUGAGCCCUGAGUUGAUGGAGGAUUCUCAGUUCUGGCUAGAGGAGGCCGUAGAAGAGGAGCUCAAGCAGAAUUGAUAUGAUCAGAACAGGGCAGUAUUUUGCAGAUACAAAACAGAGGGAGCCGAAAAAUAACAUUUUGAUAUAUUUGUAGAGACAGAUUUCUUUUUUUUUUUUUUUUUGGUUCCUAUGUUGGCUUGUUUCUUGUAAAACAUUGCCUUGGCAUGAUGUUCCACCUGACUUUACUCUGUUCUUCAUUCUCUCCAUUGUUAUUCAUGUUGAAAUUAAAGAGAUAGCACAUAAAAUUGAAAUAAA